CUUGAUUAAUGUAUACAUUACUUGUAUGCCCGAGAAGGUCAUUUUGACAUAAAUUAUGACACGGACAUGGUUUCGGCUGAAAAGAGUACAUGCUGUAUGUGGAGCACGGAUAUUACAAAUGAAAGAAAAAAAAUUUGUAAUCUGGAGCUCUUGGAAAAAUGUACUUUCACGAGGAUGAAAACCUCAUAACCGAUAUGGUGUGACAGGGAUCCUUUGGCUUAAAGCAUUGGGUUGUGCAGUUUAUAGACCGAAAGGGCCGUAUCAUGUUGUUGGGCUGUAGAAGCGUCAAAACUAGCUCUAGAACAUCAGAUAUUCUGCAACAUUACGCGACCACUCGAAUAUACCGAAGAAUGAGAAAUGAACUUGUGAAGGCGGUGACAGCAAUGUGCUUGAGACACAUGUGUUGUGCACAAAGUCGAGCGACCUUGAGCGCUUGGAAAAUGAACAAGAGGGAGCACUACAAGAUGGUGCACAUGACAAUUAACCUCGAACGAUAGGCCCCAACUGCAGACUCAGCACCAGCCCUGCAGGUUGCUCCUCGGGGUCCGAACAAAAUCACAAUUGAGUUACCGAAUGAUUACCACAAGCUCUCGUAUUCUCCUGAUGUCCUGGAUCAUAGAAUAAGGUUUAUAGCUGGGGGAGGGCAGAACUCGGCCACGGCCACGAAGUCGACUUUGACAACCGGGUGGACAUAUGCCCGACUAGGAAGAAAGCCUCGAUGGCUUGCAGGAGAACGUUGCCCAAGUGUCAGGCACGAGAGAUCCCGUCGUGAGAAGAUGAGCCCGUUUGUCUGUAGGGAACGGGGAGUGCCGUGCAACCAAGGUGGUCGUCUCCGCACUCAGCUGUCAGAAGGAGGCAUGAGAGCUGGCGCCCUGCGAGCAGCAGACUGCCGACAGAAGGUCAGCUCCUCGCACCCAAUGGCUGCCCGGCGCCAUGGAUUGGAUUAGAUUGAGACCCGGGACGGAACCACACUCGGCUGCUCCUGUCCCACUCCGGCCUCUCUCCACGUUCCUUCCGAUGUUGGCCACGUUCCCUACUCCCUACAGUCUCACAGCACGCUCUAAGCAAUUCUUGCCUUUGCGGUCACGGGCUGCUGCGGACUCAUACUCCCGAGACGUAUCCAUCUCGCAGUACAAGAGGCGGCCAACUUUCAUUUCGAGUUCCGCCCUUGCUGUGCAUUCCAGCUUGGGAUAUUUAUCGGCUGAGCCUGUCGUGGUCUUUAAGUUAGUGGCUAUGGAUCAGACUCGGACGUAUUACGGGGAAUGGCCGCACUUACAAGACUACGGAUGUAUAAAGGCCCGGAGUUAUUGUCUCCAUGUGAGCUCGUGCAUCGCAGCCGCAGUCAUGAAGGUCAUCAUCAUUCGUGGAGCUUCAGGACUCGCGGAAGUACUUCGAACAGACCAUGUUCACGCUGAACUGGGAACCGGGAACUGUAGCCCUCGUCGUCUGCGUCUUCGAGGGCGAGAAAACCUCGGGCCCGCCUGGUCUUUGAGCACGGGCCAGCCUGAGUCAAGAGCUCUCAUCAACACCGGUGCGAGUGUUAGUCUUCGUGCAGGAAAACACAACGAAUACUGUUUAUGUUCGUACGACCUCAGGAACAAACCUUAUGAGCCUCGUCUACUGUUCAGAUCUCAUCGCCCUUCCUACGGCAUGAUUGUCUGGCAUGCACCCGCCAUGUACUUCUCCUGCGAGCUUUCUUUCGUGGACUGGGUUCACGGCUCGCUUUGA